UGUCAUACUGUGUCAUACGACGAAAAUUUAAUUUAUUCCAAUAAUCGAUAUAAUUUAAUUUUAAAUUAAUUACCUAGUUCAACUUUAAACUAAUGAUGUUUGUUUCUAAGUUUUCCUUGCUCCUAUCGUUCUGUAAAGUUUUUCUACUGAUUUUGUUUAUUCCUGUGGUUUUACCGGGCGCUAAUGAUUUGCAUUUCUAUGACGGAUCAUCAUCACUUGAUGUAAUAGUUGGUGAUAUAUUUUUCGAAAUCGUGGAACCCGUGGAGUUGAGAUAUUCUUAUCGAAUAAGACCUGCCAAAGAUUUCGGCACUACUUUUAACGAAAGCUUCUCCUUCAAAAAUGCAAAGCUAGUUCCGACAGUACCCUUACAUAGCUGUUCAAAUAUUGUGAACUACAACAACAUUGCAGGACACAUUGCUUUAGCUGAAAGAGGAGAUUGCUCCUUUGUAUUUAAAGCAGCUAUGGCACAGAUGGCUGGAGCCAGGGCCAUAAUAAUUACAGAAUUCCUUGACAAGGAUGAUGACUAUCUUAUUGAAAUGGUAGAUGAUAAGAAUGAACUGGAUAUCAAUAUACCAGCAGCCUUUCUGCUCGGGCGAAGUGGCGCUACAAUUCUCAGAACCCUUAGGCUACUCCACAGAAGCUAUGCAGUUGUCAACCUGCUUAUCAAUAUGACACACACCCCUGUUAGCAAAAUGAACCAACCUCCCUGGAUUACAUGGUAAUGUUAACCAGUAAUUUUUUGGUAAAGUUUGGUGUUUAAAAUAGAUUUCGCAAACAUCCCAUUGUUUAGAAGUUGGUAGUACAAAAAUGUCGAUUUCCCAGUGUUAUUUAUUUCUAUUGUACAUUCAAUACUAUAAAAUAAGCGAAAAGUUAGUUAAAUAAAUAAUAUAUACUGUCUUCUUGUUAAAUCAGCAGUGUAAUGGCUUUUUUAGCACCAAAAAUAUGUAUGAAUUGAAUAUUGAACAAAAAUAAAAAUAGCUCUGGUAUACUUUCGAAACAGGAGUCCUAUGUUUAUCAGCAUGUAUACUUGUUUAUAAUGAUGAUGAAAAACUGCCUAGUCCAAUUUAGUAAGGGUCCUUUAAUAAAAGUAAUGAUUGCUUAAAAAAGAAGGCCUAUAUUUUUAAGUCUGUAAUGAAAUAAGUAUACAAAAUGUAAAUAAAAUCUAAAAUCAUUCAAGAUGAACUACCAAACCAUAUAAACUUAAUGUGAAAUUGUACCAAACCUAUUAUUAUAUAAAAGUAGUAAAUGUAGUGAUAUUGAAGAUCAUUGUGACACAAUGGUUUCGCUUAUUUAUUCUUGACUCAUCUAUUUAUUGGCUGUAAAUAAUAUAAUAAAUAA